AUAAUUUUGUGGUAUCAAAGCCAGCGCAUGGCAACCGAUUGUGGUAGCUUUGCGUUUACAGGACGAAGGACACAACAAAUCCCGCACAGUAAAGGCACAAUAAACUAACUACACAAGCAAAUGAUCGCCAUUAAGUUGGUGCAAUGAAGCUAACUCUGCUACGGUACUCCUGGGUGCUUUUGCUACAGAUCGCCUUUUUGGGAGUAGACCUUCUCAUAAACGCAUUUGGGCUUUCGCUGGCCAGAAACCAGUUGCAGACAGCCAUUGUUAUAUUUGUCAUUCAGGACACUCUGAUUAUUACGGAGUAUGUGCUGUUCACCAUUGCGUUGCACUCAACGUGUGUGUACCAAGUCGGUGCCUCCUUCAUAAUCCUGCGGAACUGCAAGCUCUUAAUGGUCAGCAUUACCCUGUACUUCCUUCUGUCCGCCUCCCAACAUUUCUGGAUCAUCUACCAACAUCGUCACCCCUCAGGUGAAGAAAAUCAGCACUGGCCAAUAGGUCUAGUUUUUUUAUCAUUGGUACAACGCAUCAUGUCAGUGCUCUAUUACCAUAGCUCCAAAUCAACAGCUCUGACCAUGGCAGAUCCUCGAUUCAAGGAGGAACAUCUGGAUUGGAUCGCGGACCAGCUGGUCGAUAAGUAAUGAGGUUGUUUAAAGCGAUGUGUUGAUUGUAGCGUGGAACUUCUAAGCGGUCUGGUACACAGCGGUAACGCCCUGCGUCGGACCGAGACGCGCCGCGUCAGUGUGCGGGCUUUCAUAUUAUUACAUGCGAACUUCUCUACGCGAUAAAAACAGUGAGACGGGCGGCACGGCACCGCCCAAGUGUGCGCAAGCCUUAAGAGUACCGACGCACAUAAAAAACUAUGUGACAAGGUUCGAAACAAACUUAUUGAGCAAAAAAUGUAUUUGUUUCACAGACACCAAAUAAGCUCAGCAUAAAAAAUGUUAGUUUUCUGUACAUAAAAAUGUAUGCGAAAACAAAAAAAAAGUACUUUAAAGUUAUGUUAAAAGUGGCAAAACACAUUAAAAUGUUUUUCUUUAA